AUGUCCUUUGCUUUGACUUAUUGUAUACAGUCACAGGAGGAUACGUUAAGUGAUGGCUUAAAUAUCGCGCAUCAGUUGGGUCAUUCCCUUGGCUUUGGCCAUGAUGACGCACCGGAAUAUGCAGGCCACAACUGUGACUGUAAUUGUGCUCAGAACGGCAAGUGUCUUAUGGCAGCAUCACUAAGCGAUGUAAAAUGUCACAGAUUGAGCAAUUGCAGCAGGGUGAUAUAUCACGAUUUAAUAAGACAACCAGGAAAAGAAUGUUUACUGAACUUACCUACCGGAAGAUUUAAACCGAAGAUAUGUGGAAACGGCGUCAUUGAUGAAAAUGAAGAGUGCGACUGUGGACUUGAUGAGGAAUGCCGAAGGCACAGUUGUUGCCAAAAGAACUGUACAAUCAAACAGGACAUUGACUGCAUUUAUGGACUCUGCUGUGAGAAAUGUAAGUUUUUAGAAGAGGGAACCCUGUGUAGAGCGCCUGUUACUGAGUGUGAUCUUCCGGAGUACUGUAAUGGGACUUCUGCCAGUUGCCCGGCAGAUGUACAUAAGCAAGACGGGAUGCCAUGUGGCACGGCUGAUACUUGUUAUACGGGGAAGUGCCUUAGCCUCCAAAAACAAUGCACAGAUAUCUUUGGCCACGGGACGCGGCCGGCCCCACUGAUUUGUUUCAAGCAAGUGAACAUGCAAGGCGAUCGAUCUGGCAACUGUGGCAAGGAGAGAUUUCUGCGGUUCAAGAAAUGCAAUGAAGAAGAUGUCCCUUGCGGAAGGGUCCAGUGCACCCAUGUGAGCAAACUUCCAAAAAUGCCAACCGGACAGGGAGUAGUUCAGACCACAGUGGAGGAUACGUUGUGCUGGGGUACAGAAUUCCAUCUUGGAGAGGAUGUGUAUGAUGUUGGAGCAGUGAGAGAUGGAACAACUUGUGGCAUCAACAGGAUAUGCAUAAACAGAUCAUGUGUCCAUCGGGCAGUUCUGAAAUACGAUUGUGAUUUCUCAAAAUGUAACAACCGAGGGCUGUGCAAUAGCAAGAGAAACUGCCAUUGUCAGUAUGGCUGGGCCCCUCCCUUCUGCAAGAUCACAGGAUUUGGAGGAAGCGUUGACAGCGGGCCGCCACCGCACGCCAGCUCUCAUUUCAGGCUGUGGUAA